AUGAUUUCCACCACGUUCAAACUCAUAGUCCUCUCACUCCUCACUAUUGUGUCCGCAUCCAGUGAUUUCACUGGAGAAGCCGUUGGUCUUGGAACCACUACUGCCACCACUUUCAAAUUCAACAAUGUUGACACACCAUCCAUUUGGAAAGUUUUCUCCCGUACUGGUCCUCAAGCGUCUACCGACCUGUCUCAGGCGGUUCUUACCAUCGAAGAUGCCGGUAAGGCCUCGAUCAUCACCUCUGAAUUCGUGAUGUGGUACGGUCGUUGUGAUUGGGUUGCCAAAGUUGCCGCUGGUGAAGUCAUCACCUCUUUUAAAUUAAGUGCUGCGAAAUCUGGUCUUGGAUUGCUUAUCAGCGGUGCCAAACCUACCCAAAUCAUCGGCUCUUAUAACGGUACCCAUGCCGAUAAGGACAUCAUAGAAACUUACAAAGAUUUGAGCCAAGAAUUCCACAAGUAUAGUAUGGAAUGGACUUCGGAAAAGAUCACCUGGCUUGUCGAUGAUCAAAUUGAAAAAGUGAUGUUCAAAGACCAAUUAACUAAUCCUAUCGAUAUUGCUAACUGGCCAACCACUCCAGAUACCGUUAACUUCAUGAUUGAAAGUACAGCCAGCACUGGUAACACUAAGCACAGCACUUAUUUACAGAGUAUCACAAUUCAAGAUUAUACUGGAGGUAAAUUUUAUCAAUCAUCCAAUGGAAAUGUCGAAGUAAUCACUUCUGGGGACUCCAUUACCACUUCCGGUAACGUUAAAGUCACUUAUCCUAAAGAUUUGGGAGAUUGGGUGUCUGGAUCAAUCAGCAAAAGGGAAAACGCUUCCUCCUCUAUUUCUUCUGCCGUAUCUUCUAUCACUACUACUACUGCUGCUGCUAGUUCUUCUACUGAAACUGCUACUACUUCUGCUUCAGCAGCUUCGGAAUCCACUACUUCUGCAUCUAGCACAUCAACUGCUACAUCAUUAUCCACUUCUACCAAUAGCAGCUCAUCUUCCACAUCUUCUAGUUCGGCAUCUACUGAGUCACUGAACAAUGCUAAUGUUUAUUCAGGAGUCAGCAUCUUCAGUAUGAUUGGAUUGGCCUUAUCUUCAUUGAUAUUGUGA